AUGGCAGAGGACGACGAGGAAACUUUUGACAAUGAUCUGCUUGACCAUAAUCCAAUCGAAUUCAUUGCAGAAGAUCAAGAUUUUGCGAUUGAGUUAGGGAAUUCUACUUCUUCUAAAUUUAUGUCUAUUCGUCCUCCAAAGUUAAUACCAACAGACGAUUACCUCCAGCUAUUGAAAACUUUGAACGAAGGUCAACGGAGGUAUUUACUGAACCUUUUGCAUAAUUUGAAAGGAAGAUCGGGACAAAAUUUCCACAUAAUUCAUGGGCAGGCCGGUGUAGGAAAGAGUAGACUCAUUACUGCCAUGGUUCAAUGCAUAUUGAGGAUGUCGGAUAAGGAACCUGGAUCAAAUGGUGAAUCAAUUCCUGUUCUAGUAGCCGCAGCAACAGGGAAAGCUGCAUUUAACGUUUUUGGUAUGACAUUGCACUCAGCAUUCAGACUCCCACCCAAUCAAUACGGAGGAAAAAUGACUCCACUCGACCAUGGUUCAUGCAAUACCUUGCGAUGUAAGUUUGAGGCUUUAAGAGGUUUGAUAAUCGAUGAGAUUUCCUUAGUUAGCUUGAAAAUGUUCAGCCAAAUUGAUCAAAGAUUAAGGCAAAUUUUAGGCAUCGACGAAUUGUUCGGAGGGGUUAGCGUGUUGGUCGUAGGUGACUUCUACCAGCUGAGUCCGGUGUUUGGACAAUUUGUUUUUGAGGAUAGUGAGGAAAUUUUAGGCCCGAUCAUUGGAAAUCCACUCUGGGAGACAUUUAGACUAUUUGAGCUCAAGGAAAUCAUGAGGCAAAAGGAUGACGCUAAGUUUGCAACUGCAUUAAACAGACUGUCAGUAGGAAUGCUUGAAGAGGAAGAUAUUAAAAUGUUCAAGACGAUAAAUCGAGCAAAGGGUCCUUUGUUCAAUUCAUAUGCCAUAGAUAGAGUGCAGGGUGGAAAGAUUCUAGCGUCCCAACAAGCAAUGUUGGAGUCGGCCGAAUAUUUAAGUUUGCAGCAAACAGGAGGAAUGCCAUACCAUGUAGCUUUGAGAGUCGGCCUUCGUUAUAUGAUUACAACAAAUAUUGACGUAUCCGAUGGAUUGUUUAAUGGUGCUACAGGAAAACUAAUGAGGAUCUUCAUCUUUUUGGUUCAAUCGGAAUAUCCAAGUUAUUUGAUUGGUUCACUAAUUGAUUUUUUCAGAUUCAAACGAUACAUCAAGGUUCAAAGUUACUCAAGGUUCAAAGUUACUCAAGGUUCAAAGUUACCCAAGUUCGUUUAA